GAAAAUACGACGCGGAGAAGCAAUGAAAAAGAGAAGAAAUUCUAAAGUCGCCUCGAACUGAUAAGCGCCGAACUAGCCCGGCUCGAGGGGUCUCUUUACAUGCAGGAAGGUUGGGGGAAGCCAUCGUGUCCAUCAUCAGCCAGUAACGACCGCAUGCCAUUGGCCAAACAUUGUGGUGACCAACCAAUUGUCAGGACCCAGAUUCCACCACAGUAGUCUGAACGUAAUUCUUCCAGAUUCUGGGUUCCCGUCCGGCAAAUCUUUCCCGGAGGAAGAGGAGUUGAUCCUGCUUGUGGCAUAGCCAAGGUGCACACUACAUUCUGUUCGGUUUUCUUCAAGAACAAUGAGGGCAGCUCCCACAAGUGAGAUCGGCCACUCUCGGCCCGCUUGUCAUGGGUCUUGAUCGUCGGUUGUCUCAUAACUAUUAAGUUGGUGAUAUCGCCCACCUCUUUUGUGUUCCUACCGCCUGUUCCUCUCAUACCGCUUAUCGACCGCACCCCAACCUCACGAUGGCCGGCGGCGUCAAGAAACCCGUCAACAUCUUCAAGCUCAAAAACUUGGACGAGCCAAAGGAAGUGUUCAACUGGAGGCUAUGGUUCGCCGUCUUGUCCUUCGGCCUGUUGGGCGCUGCCCGUGGUGUCGACGAAGGACUGAUCAAUGGCGCAUUGAAGAGCAAGAACUUCCAGGACAGCAUCAACUAUGCCUCGUAUUCUACGGUUGAGCAAGCGAACAUCAAGGCAAACAUCUCGUCUAUGGUACAAAUUGGGAGUGUCGGGGGGGCAUUAAUUGCCUUUAUGAUCUGUGACAGAAUAGGGCGAAUCUGGGCUACUCGAAUACUUUGUCUACUUUGGAUGUUGGGCAUCGCCAUCUUCAUGGGUUCGAACGGCAACCUGAGUUUAGUUUACUUUGGUAGAUUUGUUGCAGGACUCGGUGUCGGACAGUCACCUGUCGUCGGGCCAGUUUAUAUCGCCGAAAUAGCUCCAGCUAGCAUUCGUGGUUUCUGUGUUUGUACCUUCACCGGCUUCGUCUAUCUCGGUAUCGUCCUAGCAUACUUCACCAACUACGGGUGCCAGCUUCAUCUUGCCGAGACGCCAGCCCGUUGGAUGGUUCCUACCAGCCUCCAUAUCAUAUUCGCGGGCCUUAUUCUUCUCCUUACCUUUCUCCAGUAUGAAUCGCCCCGGUACCUAGUCAAGACAGGCAAAAGCGACAAGGCGCUCCACGUCAUGUCCCGUCUGCGCCACUUGCCCCCCGACCACGACUACGUUCGGCGCGAAAUCAACGCCAUCACGCUCAGCCACCACGAAGAAAUGGAAGCUUCCAAAGGCGCCGGCUGGCUCGGCAUCCUCAAAGAAACCUUCACCGUGCGCAGCAACCUCUACCGCGUUGGCCUGACUCUCGGUGCCCAGGUUAUGGGUCAAUGGUCCGGCGCCGGCUCCAUCACCAUCUACGCGCCGGACCUGUUCGAACUCCUUGGUCUUACGGGCACCAAAGAGUCGCUUUUGGUAACAGCCAUCUUCGGCAUCGUCAAGCUAGUUGCCGCCAUCGUCUGCGCCCUCUUCCUCGUUGACUUCAUCGGCCGCAAGCGCUCUCUCCUCUUGGGAAUAGCCUGUCAAGCCAUCUCGAUGAUUUACAUUGCAGCCUUUUUAUCCGCGACCCCCGAACUCGGCAACGAAGAGGGGUACGUGAUUCCCGCCAACUCAGGAAAACUACGCGCUUCGCGAGGCGCCAUCGUCAUGAUUUACCUAUCGGGAAUCGGCUGGGCGCUGGGUUGGAAUAGCAUGCAGUACUUGCUCAGCUCGGAGAUCUUUUGUCUGCGCCUGCGUGCCUUUUGCUCGAGUUUGGCGAUGUGUCUGCACUUUGCCAACCAGUACGGCAGCGCGAGGGCUGUGCCUGACAUGUUGCUCCCCGUGAGAGAGGGCGGGAUUUCGGGACAGGGAACUUUUUGGUUCUUUAGUGCUGUAACGAUAUUGGGCGGAGUAUGGGUAUGGUUCUUCGUACCAGAAACCGCCUCUAGGAGCUUGGAGAGUAUGGAUAGAUUGUUUAGUUUGCCGUGGUGGCAAAUUGGCAGGUAUGGAAACAGGGAGGCGGAGGCGCUCGAUGAGGCGGAGCGGGUUGGAGGGGAGAAGGAGGGCGAGAUGAUGUCCAGGAGUGGGUCGCAUGUGGAGGAGGAGAAGGGUAUGGCGUACGCGGCGGAGAGAAAGGUCUGA